CGUAUGUCUGAGGUGAAGGAAUUGCUCAAGAAAGCCAAAACUGAAAUGUGGAUGUAAAGACAUUCACAUCGGAGAUGGUUCCUGGUGUGAAGGCCUAUGUGCGUAUGGCUCAAGAGGAAUGUGUCAAUAUUGAAGAAUUUGUCGAGAAGGCCAACUUGGAGCCCAAACUGAAAGAAGAAGUAGCCAAGAUUGGCAUGAUGGUAAAACAUGGGGUGAUGGCCCAGGAUGUCAUUACUCUCAUGGAAGCUGGUGAAUUUUCCCAGCUUAUGAAAGAAGAAGCUCAGGCCAAACUUUUGACCGUUGUCGAAGAAUUUGGUUUUAAGGCACUUGUAAACCAGAUUAUGACUGAACAAGUAGAACAGGCUAUCCAAAAGACUGAUAAAACCAUUGGAGUCAAGACUUUCAUGCGCAUGUUGGAGCAAGCUGAUGUUGAUGUAGAGGAAAUAAUAACAGAGCAAUUCCCUAAGGAAUUUGACUCUGAAACACAAGUGCCAAUAUCUCAAGAAAUAGCCAAAGUUAGUGUUAUGCUCAAGGAAGGUAUUCAGGCUCAAGAAAUUAUAUCUAUGAUAGAGGCUGGAGACUUACCAAAUUUGAAUCGUCCUGAAACUCAGAUGCCUCUCAUUCACAUGGUUGAAGAACAGGGACACACUGCGAUAAUCUGCCAGGUUCUGAUUGAAGAUUCAGUCAGAGACAUCAUACAAGGUGAUAAUAAGCUUACAAUUUAAGUAGCGCCUUGCAUAGUCUGCAGCUGAGUGUGCAGCCAUAGCUCCAAACAUAGAAAAGUAUUAGCUCACGAAUUUUGAAUAAUAAAUUGAAGCUGACGGGCUACAAAAAUUAGUAAUUGCAGAUUUUACAAAAAAA